AUGCCAGCCAUCCCAGCGCCUGCAAGCGACCAACAGAUUCACCACCCUGCUGCAGCUGCUGCUGCCCAGCUAGCUGCACAGGCAGGAGCAGCUGCCCCUCAACAGGCAGUCGGGCAAACAAUGCCGGCAGGCCAACCAGCUCCAAGCAAUCCUCCACAGCAAGAGGAUCCCUUUAUCACAGCGGUCCGCAUCCUCAUGCAGCAAGGCCUGCCAGAAGCCAAGGCAAGGGCUGCCCUGCAGAGCGUACCAACAGCGGGAAAAAGUCUGGAAGGGUGGGCCUUGGCCGCAAUAGAAUGGCAGACGGCACAAGAUGACUUGGAAGCAGAGAAGAGGGAUCUGGAACUGGCCAUGCAGGCCUCUCUCAGGGAGGAAGAGGAGCGCAAGAGCCAGCAGACUCCCCUGGAGCAACAAACACCGGAGCAGCUGCUGCAGCACUUUAAAGGCUCGAUCCUCUUGGCAGCGCUGAGGGCCUCGCCAUUGGAGAAUCAGCUCUUCGUAGCGCCCCUGCUGCUGCCCGUGCUCCGCCUGCUGAAGCUGGAGCAGCAGUCCUGCAGAUGGUAUGCCUCGAGCGGGACGCGAAAAUUCUUUGAAGCCCUGGCAAAGGAGUGUGCGGCUUCUGCUGCCUCAACCGCACCGGCUGCUGCUGAAACACCGCCGAGCACAAGCAAGCGCGUGUCCAAACGCCAGAAGAAGAGUCCGGGUGCCAGCAGAGGGGUGGCAGCGGAUGCUUCAGCAGUCGAGGGAUCUUCGCCUGCCCCUGAAGCUGAAGGUGCCAGUGCAUCAGCAGAUGCGCAAACCUUCGCUGAGUUCCUGAACAGCAGGGCGGCAGCUCUGGAGGUGGGAGUGUACCAGAUGCCUGGCACGAGCGGGGAGGUGCCAGCAAUCUUCAUUAGUGAUGCAGCAGAUGCUGAGGCAGAUGCCGAAGAGGUGCAAGAGCAUGAGGGCAUCGAUCUCCAGCGUGAUCAGGAUGCCGAAGAUGCCAUUGUGCUGGACUGA